AUUUUUCUAAUAAUUGUGAGAUAACAGUUUUGAAUCUUAAGGAAGUUUAUCAAUGAUUUGAAAUUUUAUUCGUGUCAUUAUAGGUCAAGUAUAGUUCGUUAUCCAAUGACAUAUGUGAGCUUUAUCUUUGCGAUAAAGCAGAAUGAAUAUUUUGCACUGGCAAAAGUAGAUUGUAAUAAAUGUUGAAGAUAACGACUUAAUUAAAAUAGAAUUUUUUCGCAAGUCUUUUGGACAUUGGACAGUAGUUUUUAUUUGACUUAAAUUUGCAAUGAUUUCGAGUUUGUAUAAGAAAAUAGUUGGCACUUCUCCACCACCUGAACCUGAUGUACCUAAGAUACUUUGUGUCGGUGUCAAUUGUCUUGAUAUUGUGACAGUGUGCAAAGAAUUUCCACUGGAGGACUCUGAACAGAGAUGCUUAGAACAGAGGUGGCAAAGAGGAGGUAAUGCAUCUAACACAUGCACUGUUCUUUCUCUCCUUGGAAGCUCUUGCGAGUUUUUGGGUUCUUUGAGUUCUGAUCAGCAUGUCAUUUUUCUUGAGGAUGAUAUGAGAAAACACAAGAUAGACUUUUCACAUUGUCCUAUAAUUGAUGGUGUAGGAUGUCCUAUGUCUACUGUCAUCUUAAGCAUUGCUACUGGAUCUCGAACAAUCCUUCAUUUCAAUCCAAAUCUUCCAGAAUUGUUGCUAAAAGAUUUUGAGAAGCUGAACUUGGAAGAUUAUAGUUGGAUACAUUUUGAGGGUAGAAAUGUCAGUGAAGUGAUCUGUAUGAUGCAGUACGUAGAGAGUUAUAAUAAUUCAUUGAAUACAUGUCAGAGUGAUGACAGUGUUAAAUUAGAAACAAAUCGCAUUCCAAUCACCAUAAGCGUAGAGCUGGAGAAACCUAAACCAGAGUUGGUCGAUCUUUUGCCAUAUGCAGAUGUUGCAUUCAUAGCGAGAGAUUUUGCACACAGUAAAGGAUUUGACAAUAUGAGUGAAACCUUAAGAAAUAUCGGCGAAGAAGCAAAGUCUGGUGCUACAAUUAUUUGUGCUUGGAGUGAAUGGGGUGCUAUGGGACGAACUCCUGAUUCAAUGAUAGUACAAUCCCCAUCAUUUCCACCGAAUCAAAUAAUUGAUACACUUGGGGCUGGUGAUACUUUCAAUGCAGCAACCCUUUAUUAUUUGAACAUGGUGAAGACAUCAUUCAUUAAAAAAAGAGAGGAAGAGGAAAGUCAUAAAACGAAAGAAACGUUCGAAGAAUCAUCAGAGACUGAUAAAAAACGAGAAAUUAAACAAAACACAAAUAUCGAAAGUACAGAAUGCAGUCGUACAGAAUUUAUAAAUGCAAACGUGUUACAAGGAGCAAUUAAUUUUGCAUGUCAUGUAGCCGGUGCAAAAAUUGGAUUGCGUGGUUACGACGGCUUAGAAAAGAUUUUAAGAGAUUUGUACAAAUAAACUAAGAAACGGAAUACUUUUAUACCAAAAAUUAUACAGAUAUAUAUUGAACACUAUAAAAGAAUCUUCAAAUAUAUUUUGAAGGAGUGCUUCUAAUAAAUUUUAGUUAUUCAAAA